AUGAAUCCACAAUCAAACACCACACAGCAACGUGCAGGUAAUCCAUCAUCGGCUGUACCAUCAUCAUCAUCAACGACACAACAGCCUGAAAUUACAACUCAGACGAUACAAAAUUAUCUUGAUGAAAAUCAACAAUUAAUAUUUGGAAUAUUAGAACGACAAAAACAAGGACAAUUUGAUCAAUGUGAGGCUCUUCAACAAAAACUUCAAAAUAAUUUAAUCAAAUUGGCCACUUUGGCUGACCAACCUAAUCAACCCACAGCGAAGCCUACAAGACCAUAA